CUUAACAGAACACUGUAAUAAAGCUGUUUCCUCUGCCUCAUAUAUGCCUCAGAAAAACUGUUCCUCUCUCUAUCUCCUUCUCUCUCUCUGCACCCCCCAAACUGAUCAUUAUUCUCUCUCUCCUCUCCCUUUCUCUCUCUACUCUCUCCCUCCUUAAAAACCCACUCCCCACGUCCUCUUCUCACCACCGCAACAAAAACCAACAUUCCAAAAACCACAACUCCAAAAAUCACAACUCAACCUUACAAGUUCUCCAACUUGAAAACUUUACGUAUAGAUACAAUAUAUAGAUAUAUAUAGACCUGAUGCCAUCGGAGACGGGGGAGCAGAUACGGCGGCCGGCGAAGUCCCAACACCCGGGAGGAGCGGCGGCGGCGACGGCGGCGGCGGAACAGGAGCAUCUGCCGUGUCCGAGGUGCGACUCGACCAACACCAAGUUCUGCUACUACAACAACUACAACUUCUCUCAGCCGCGUCAUUUCUGCAAGUCCUGCCGCCGCUACUGGACCCACGGUGGGACCCUCCGCGACAUCCCCGUCGGCGGCGGAAGCCGCAAGAACGCCCAGCGCUCCCGCACCUCCGCCGCCACCUCAUCUUCCUCUUCUACCACCUCCUCGACCCAAAACCAGAUUUCCAAUCCGAUCCGGCCCGCUCUUACGCCUCCCCGGCCGCCCGCCACCCCGGUUCUCGUGCCAUUCUCCGCCGCCGCCAGUCAGGGUUUUGGCGGUGACGUGAAGGCUGGCGUUGGUGGGCUUUGCGGCGGGAGCUUUACGUCGCUGCUCAACACUCAGGGGCCGGGGUUUCUGGCUUUGGGUGGGUUUGGGCUUGGGAUUGGGACUGGGUUUGAGGAUCUGAGUUUUGGGCUUGGGAGAGGGAUUUGGCCGUUUUCCGGCGUGGGAGAUGGCGGCGGCGGCGGUGUUGGUGUUGGGGGCAAUGGUGGUGGUGGUGUUGGGCCCAGAGGGAUAGGAUCCGCGUGGCAGUUCGAGAAUAGUGAUCAUCAUGGUGGACAUGGAGGGCUUGUUGCUGCGGGUGCAGGGGAUUUCUGUUCUUGGGCUGAGCCUGCGAUUUCUACACAUGGAAACGGUCUCAAAUGAAAUAUGAAAAUGGAAAAUGAAUCUUCGUUUGUUGUUUAUUAACUGCUCUUCUUUUGUUUUUCUUUACGUUUUUAAAUUUUUCCUGGUUUUUAAAUGGAAAUUGUGGUUUAGUUUUAAGGGUCUUUAGUUUUUUUGAGGUCAAACCAGCUUAAAAAACCAGAGUUUAGAGAGAAUGUUAUAAUGGCCUUUUCUUUGUUUUUCUUUUUCACUCUUUUCUUCCUUUUUAACUCUUAUAUGGCUUUUGUUUU